AUGGCGUCGUCUCACUACCCUACCACAGACGUUCCUCCAGUCUCUUCCUUCCAGCGACAUUUGCGCAGACUUUCAGAUUCCGCAAGAAUAUCCUCUGAAUCGAGACCGGAGCUUCUGUUCGGGCCGCAGAUAACUAAGUUCUCUUCGCCACCUUGUCAUCGUCGUCUUCAUCAUGUGAAUCUUGGCGACAAUUCAUCGAAAAACGGUGCUCAGUUGGCCCUCGUCGGUCGUAUAAGGAACGUCGCCAGAUCAGAGUUUUCAGACUGGCUGAGUCUCUACAAAGAAAGACUCUUCAAAGUGAGCUGGAAUUGGUGUUUUCACUUGGCCAGUCAUAACUUGAGGCUUGUGCAACAUGUGGAGACAAUUCGUGUUCCCAGCUUCUUGAACUUAGAAUCAAAAUCUUGGGAUAGUAGAAGCAGUUUCAGGCACGACAACUAACAGAUAAAAAAGCAUCUAUUAUUGGGAUUCACUGGAACGUCUGAUCUGGUUAUUCGGAAAAGUGUGGCCCACCAAAGAUUGAUCACUUGGCCAAUGGAUUAGAAAGACGGAGUUCCU